GUCCUAGUGGUGUCCAGAGUACAGCGGGAAGAGCGUCUCCGUGGUGGCUCGGCCUUCUCUGCUCUGAGAAGAGGAAGCCGGAGACCUCGCGAGCGGGAAGUGGUCCAGAAACUGCUCAGGUGUGGAUGUAGGUUGUUGAGCAACAGACAUUCCUGCCUUCUUGAUUCUUCACGAAGAAACAGCUCUCUGCAGUGCAUCUGAGAAGCAGCAGACAACCCAAAUUCUUGAGUCCCUGCCACCAUGAGGGAGACUUGGAUGGAGUUCCAGAUCCGAGCUUUGAUCUGACCCAGUCCCAGCCAUUGUGACCAUUUGGCUUUAAGGUGAUUGACGAGGACAGAGUCCCUAAGCUGCAAAGAGACUGAAUUUUGGAAACUACGUCCAGAACUCCACAGUGUGUAUUUAGGUGCUCUUCCCUCAGGCCUGCAGGCGGACAGCAAGAGCAACAGUAAGAUAUUAAUUACUGUAGAUACUCCCCGUUCUUUACAGUAGACCCACCAAAAGAGAAUGGGGGAUGUGUGCUUGAACAGUAGAACCAGUCAGCAUGCUAGGGUGAGCUGCCCAAGCGCUUGUACCCCUGCACCCACAUGGGAGACCCAGAGGAAGCUCCUGAUUUCCUGGCUUCAGAUCGGCCCAAUCUCUGGCCAUUGCAGCCAUUUAGGGAAUGAACCAGCAGAUGGAAGACCCCUUUUCUCUCUCUGCCUCUCUCUCUGUAACUCUACCUCUCAAAUAAAUAAAUAAAAUCUUUUAAAAAAUGUAAUUGAAUGUUAAGUAAUGUGAGGAUAGGGCAAUACAGAGAUUCCCAAAUUUUAGUUUAAUACUUUUGACAAAUACUCCCCAGUUACUUAAAGGAAGAGCAACUCCUUGUGUGCCUGCUGCAACCUUGCCACCAUUUGAAGGGGAAGAGCUCAUUGCCUGCCCUGAGGGGCAGUGCUGCAUCCCCCUCAGGUGAUGAUAGCAUUUGAAGACCUGGCUGUGUUCUUUACCUGGGAGGAAUGGCAGAACAUGAACCAAGCUCAGAAAAUCCUGUACAGGGAUGUGAUGCUGGAGACCUACAGCAGCCUGUUCUCCCUGGGGUACUGCAUGACCAAACCUGACUUGAUCUUCAAGUUGGAGCAAGGAGCAGAGCCCUGGAUGGGGGAAGAAUGCCUACAUCAGAGCCUUCCAGGUCAGUCUGCACAUAACGGGCAGGGAGGCCAAAGUAGAAGCAGUGCAGCAGAUAUUGACUGGUGUUCUUUCCAUGAUUUUUUCCCAAGUCUUACUCCUGAAGACAGCUGGUCUUGUGAUUCAGACACAGACAUUCUACAGUAUCUAUGGAGAUCAGUAUCUCUGGUAAAGGCAAAGGAAAUGAAGUUUUAUGUGAAAAUCAACAACUGAUGAAAAACCUCCAGAAACUCAAAUUAUCACAGAGGAGUGUUUACAGAAAGAAACAAGAGGAGUUGCCAUGAAACUGGAUGAACUGAUUAAGACCAACCAGAAAAGUCUGGAGGAAAAUCUGAAUCAGAAUGUUAUGAAAAAUAAUAACACAUUAACUCCCAAGAGAGUUGAAUUCAGAAAAACACUUCAUUUAAGUAUAAGCCAUAUUCCAAAACUGAGUAUCAAAAAGAGAAACUAUUCAGGAAUAAAACCUGAAGAAUGUAGUAUAUGUCAGAAUGUGUAUCCCCAUUGUGGGCCUGAUCAGCUACAAGCUGGAGAGAAAUUUGAUGCUACUACGGUACCUGGGAACACUCUCCAGUUCUGUGAGCCUCUUAAUGAACAGCACAAAAUUCAGACCAUGGAGCAGGCACUUGAACAAAUUGGACAAGGGAAAGUCUUCAAAAGGAAGAAUAUAUUCUAUGGAUCUGAGAAGCUUUUUAUGGUAGAAACCUGUAAUAAGCCAACUGCCACUAUUGGCAAGACAACUCAAAUACUACAAGAUUUCCAUAAAAAGUCUAACCUCAGUAUACAUCAACAAAGUCCCAAAAGAGAGAACGUUUAUAAAUAUAUUGGGCCUGUGGAACCUGUCAUUUACCAAUCAUAUGUUAGAAUGAAUCAUAGACCAAAUAUAGAGAAGAAAUCGUAUGCAUGUAACACUUGUGGGAAGUCAUUCAGUAAUAAAUUCUGCCAUCCCCUCCAUCACAGCACUCAUAUAGUGGAAAACCCUCAUGUGUGUAAUGAUUGUAGAGAAACCACUCACCAGAAGUCAGCUCUCAUUAGACAUCAGAGAAUUCACACAAGGUUGAAAUCUUAUAAAUGUAAUGACUGUGGGAAGUUCUUUGGCCAGAAGAAAUACCUCAUACAUCAUCAGAGAAUUCACACAGGGGAGAAACCUUAUGAAUGCAAUGACUGUGGAAAAGCCUUUGGCCAGAAGUCAAACCUCAGAAAGCAUCAGAGAAGUCACACAGGGGAUAAGCCUUAUGAAUGCAAUGGCUGUGGAAAAGCCUUUGGCCGGAAGUCAAUCCUCAUAAAUCAUCAGAGAAGUCACACAGGGGAGAGGCCUUAUGAGUGCAAUGACUGUGGAAAAGCCUUUGGCCAGAAGUCACACCUCAGAAAGCAUCAGAGAAGUCACACAGGGGAUAAGCCUUAUGAGUGCAAUGACUGUGGAAAAGCCUUUGGCCGGAAGUCACACCUCAGAAAGCAUCAGAGAAGUCACACAGGGGAGAAGCCUUAUGAAUGCAAUGACUGUGGAAAAGCCUUUGGCCAGAAGAUAAACCUCAUAAAUCAUCAGAGAAUUCACACAGGGGAGAAACCUUAUGAAUGCAAUGACUGUGGAAAUGCCUUUAGCCAGAAAUCAGCACUCACAAAUCAUCAGAGAAUUCACACAGGGGAGAAACCUUAUGAAUGCAGUGACUGUGGGAAAAUCUUUGGCCAGAAGUCAAACCUCAAAACGCAUCAGAGAAUUCACACAGGGGAGAAACCUUAUGAAUGCAGUGACUGUGGGAAAACCUUUGGCCAGAAGAUAAACCUCAUAAAUCAUCAGAGAAUUCACACACGGGAUAAGCCUUAUGAAUGCAAUGACUGUGGAAAAACCUUUGGCCAGAAGCCACACCUCAAAAUGCAUCAGAGAAUUCACACACGGGAUAAGCCUUAUGAAUGCAAUGACUGUGGAAAAACCUUUGGCCAGAAGUCACAACUCAAAAUGCAUCAGAGAAGUCACACCAUGGAGAAAGCUUAUAAAUGAAAUGACUGUGGAAAAGCCUUUGGUCCCAUCCUUGCAUACCAAGGAUAAAUCCCACUUGGUCUGGGUGGAUGAUCUUUCUGAUGCAUUGUUAGAUUCAGUUGGCCAGAAUUUUGUUGCGGAUCUUUGCAUGUAUGUUCACCAGGGAAAUUGGUCUAUAAUUACUUUCUCUGUUGUAUUUUUUUCAGGUUUAGGAAUGAAGGUGAUGCUGGCUUCAUAGAAAGAAUUUGGGAGAAUCACCUCUCUCUCAAUUGUUUUGAAUAACUUGAGAAGAAUUGCAGUUAGUUCUUCUUUUUUUUUUUAACUUUUAUUUAAUGAAUAUAAAUUUCCAGUGUACAGCUUAUGGAUUACAAUGGCUUCCCCCCCCCCAUAACUUCCCUCCCACCCGCAACCCUCCCCUCUCCCGCUCCCUCUCCCCCUCCAUUUGCAUCAAGAUUCAUUUUCAAUUCUCUUUAUAUACAGAAGAUCAAUUCAGUAUAAAGAUUUCAACAGUUUGCACCCACAUAGAAACACAAAGUGAAACAUACUGUUUGAGUACUAGUUAUAGCAUUAAAUCACAAUGUACAGCACAUUAAGGACAGAGAUCCCACAUGAGGAGCAAGUGCACAGUGGCUCCUGUUGUUGACCCAACAAAUUGACACUCUAGUUUAUGGCGCCAGUAACCAUCCUAGGCUGUCGUCAUGAGUUGCCAAGGCUAUGGAAGCCUUCCAAGGCUUCCAUAUUUAGACAAGGUCAUAAAAGACAGAGUGAGGAUAGUAACCAAUGAUCCUAAGAGUGGCAUUUACCAGGUUUGAACAAUUAUACAGCAUUAAGUGGGGAAGAGGACCAUCAGUACACACAGGUUGGGAGUAGAGCCAUUGGUGGUAGAGUAGAGGGUAUGAUUACAAAGGAAUGAGGCCCAAGUGCACUAGACAGGGCCUAGAACAAAGGACAGAGUCAUUAUUAGAGGAGCUAAGAAAGGUGCUGUCUAAGUUGCAAUUAAGUUUUCUGAUUGAGAGGCAAAUAGAACCUGAUAGAAGGGGCUUGAUAAUAAUCUGGUGGGCUUUAGGCCUUGUAAAUUCAGAGGCCCAGACCUAUCUAUCU